AUGUGGAUGUCCGCUCCACCUCAAUGGAACUGCACCUUCAGCCGGGGUUGCGGGCCUAGAGCAAUAAGGUACCGCGGGACAGGCCUCGGCCUCGAUCAGGAGAAGGGACGAGGUUUGGUCAUUGCUGGGGUUGCAGACCAAGCGCAACCCGUACACCGUGGCCUCAGCCUGGAGCAGGAGAAGAAACGUGGGAGAUUUUAUUCAUACUGCAUGUUACUGUUUCACCAGGAUACGGUGGUGGAAUUGAUUAAAAACGUUAAUUCGGACUAUAAGGAGUUACCGAAUCUGUCCGUAAUUGAAAAGGAAUUGAUGUAUAAAUACGUCAAGCAAGGCACUGCCAAAAACGGAGAAGUCUCCUUGGAGUUCAUAACGUUUAUUAUAGGGGGGAUAAUGAUAAGUGCAGCCCCGUGUUACUACAGCGAUUUGCUUAUGGAAAAGGGUGAAGCUUUACGCUUGACCUUAUAUACAUGUGGUUGGGAGAUGCAGUACGAUCGGCGCACGCGCACCACGCUUCAGCUGAUGCUGCAAAAGGCGCUCAGACCAGUUGCUAUACAAACUAUAUUCAGGACCUUAUGCUUGGACGCCCUAACUGAUUUGUAUCAACAAUCAUACGCCAUCUUUAAUCUGAUGAACGCCGCGUGGAAUUAA